AAAAAAUUUGGAGGUAGUUUGUUUUACUGUGUCAAAUAGCUAACUAGCGUCUACAUCUCAUUUUCUCUUUGGACUGUUUUUUUGCAUUUGGAUAUUAUGGCUUCUCCACAGAUGCCUAUUAAGUUUCAGGAACACUUACAGCUGGUUAACAUCGGUAUCCAGCCCAGUAGUAUAGGUUUUAGUACUCUUACCAUGGAGUCGGAUAAGUUUAUUUGUGUUAGGGAAAAAACCGGAGAAACAUCACAGGUUGUUAUUAUCGACAUGAAUGAUCCAAUGAAUCCCACUCGUCGACCUAUUUCGGCCGACACAAUCAUUAUGAAUCCUGUCAGUAAGGUGAUGGCACUGAAAGCUGGGAAACUGCUACAGAUUUUCAACAUUGAACUAAAAAGCAAAAUGAAGACGUAUACAAUGCCUGAGGAUGUCGUGUUCUGCAAAUGGAUUUCUGUUAAUACCAUCGCACUAGUAACUGCCACCAGUGUAUAUCACUGGGCCAUGGAUGGUGAUUCGAAUCCUGUCAGGAUGUUCGAUCGCCAUCAGUCUCUUGGGACUAACUGCCAAAUUAUAAGCUAUCGCUGUGAUCUGAGUCAGAAGUGGUUGUUACUGAUUGGCAUAGCCGCCCAGGACAACCGGGUCGCUGGAUACAUGCAGUUGUAUAGUGUUGAACGAAAAGUUAGCCAGCCGAUUGAAGGACAUGCCGCUGCUUUCGCUCGAUAUAAAGCUGAAGGCAAUAGUAACCCUUCCACAUUGUUUUGCUUUGCAUCACGCAAUGUUCAAGCUUGCAAAUUACACAUCAUUGAAGUUGGUCAACCGCCUGCUGGUAAUCAGCCAUUUGCUAAGAAAGCUAUCGACGUGUACUUCCCACCAGAAGCACAAAACGACUUCCCUGUCGCUAUGCAGACUUCUCCGAAGUACGACAUCAUAUUUCUAAUAACGAAGAGUGGAUAUUUACACCUCUAUGAUAUCGAGAGUGGCACGUGUAUAUAUAUGAAUCGUAUAAGUAGUGAGACUAUUUUCGUUACUGCACCUUAUGAACCAACAGCUGGUAUUAUUGGAGUUAACAGAAAGGGUCAGGUACUGUCUGUCAGCAUUGAUGAAGAUACUAUCAUUAGCUACAUAACCACUACAUUAGACAAUCCUACACUUGCACUACAAAUGGCUUCUAGAUGCAAUCUCCCUGGAGCUGAGGACUUAUUUUUCAGAAAGUUUGACUCUUUAUUCCAGGCGGGUCAGUACAGUGAGGCUGCAAAAUUAGCAGCUAACGCUCCAAAAGGAAUAUUGCGUACUCCGCAAACAAUCCAACGCUUUCAACAGGUUGCAACUGCUCCUGGGCAGACAUCGGCACUGUUACAAUAUUUUGGAAUUUUACUCGAUCAAGGUCAACUAAACAAAUUUGAGAGUUUAGAGCUUUGCAGGCCAGUACUACAACAAGGUAGAAAACAGUUACUGGAGAAGUGGUUAAAGGAGGAUAAAUUAGAGUGUUCUGAAGAGUUGGGUGAUCUUGUUAAGCAGGCGGAUCCUACUUUGGCGUUGUCUGUCUAUCUGAGAGCUAAUGUGCCGCCAAAGGUCGUACAAUGUUUCGCGGAAACUGGCCAGUUUCAAAAAAUUAUAGUUUACGCCAAAAAAGUUGGUUAUACCCCGGACUAUAUCUUUUUGUUGCGCAAUCUUACUCGUAUCAACCCUGAUCAGGGUUUACAGUUUGCUCAGAUGUUAGUCCAAGAUCAAGAGCCUUUAGUAGAUUUAGAACAAGUUGUGAAUGUUUUCAUGGAUCAAGGUUUAGUACAGCAGUGCACAUCAUUUUUAUUAGACGCAUUAAAACAUAACCGACCCUCGGAAGGACAUCUUCAAACUCGUUUAUUAGAGAUGAAUCUUAUGUCAGCUCCUCAGGUGGCAGAUGCGAUUUUGGGUAAUCAAAUGUUUUCUCAUUAUGAUAGAGCAGCCAUUGCUCAAUUGUGUGAGAAAGCUGGAUUAUUACAACGUGCUUUGGAACACUAUACUGAUCUUUAUGACAUCAAAAGAGCUGUUGUCAGUACGCAUUUAUUGAAUCCUGAAUGGCUUGUCAACUACUUUGGUUCACUUUCUGUGGAUGAUUCAUUGGAAUGUCUAAGAGCUAUGCUACAAACAAAUAUAAGACAAAAUCUUCAAGUUUGUGUUCAGAUUGCUACAAAAUAUCAUGAACAAUUGGGAACAAACGCUUUGAUUGAAAUAUUUGAGUCGUUUAAAUCAUUUGAAGGCUUGUUUUACUUUUUGGGAUCAAUUGUUAAUUACAGUCAGGAACCUGAAGUUCAUUUCAAGUAUAUUCAAGCUGCAUGUAAGACUGGACAGGUUAAAGAAGUUGAACGCAUAUGUCGUGAAAGCAACUGUUAUGAACCAGAACGGGUUAAAAAUUUCUUAAAGGAAGCAAAACUUACGGAUCAACUGCCGCUUAUUAUUGUCUGUGAUCGGUUCGACUUUGUGCACGAUCUCGUGCUUUAUUUAUUCCGUAACAAUUUACAGAAGUAUAUUGAGAUUUAUGUGCAGAAGGUUAACCCAGCACGCUUACCUGUGGUGGUUGGUGGUCUUUUAGACGUUGACUGUUCAGAAGAUGUAAUCAAACAAUUGAUGGCAGUUGUUCGUGGUCAAUUCAAUACUGAUGAACUUGUUGCUGAAGUAGAAAAGCGUAAUCGACUGAAACUACUACUUCCAUGGCUGGAAUCACGUGUGCAUGAAGGAUCUGUUGAACCUGCCACGCAUAAUGCUCUUGCGAAAAUUUAUAUUGAUUUAAAUAACAAUCCUGAACGUUUCUUGAGAGAAAACCAAUACUAUGAUAGUGCUGUUGUUGGCAGAUAUUGUGAAAAACGCGAUCCACAUUUGGCAUGCAUAGCUUAUGAACGUGGACAUUGCGAUCAAGAUCUAAUUCGAGUUUGUAAUGAGAAUGCAUUGUUCAAAACUGAAGCUCGUUACUUAGUUCGACGAAAAGAGCCUGAAUUGUGGGCAGAAGCUUUAAGUGAAUCUAAUACUUAUCGUCGGCAGCUAAUCGACCAGGUUGUUCAAACAGCACUUUCUGAAACUCAAGAUCCUGAGGAGAUAUCCAUUUCCGUGAAGGCGUUCAUGGCCGCUGAUAUGCCAAAUGAGCUCAUUGAACUUCUUGAAAAGAUUGUAUUGGACAAUUCCAUAUUUUCAGAUCAUCGAAACCUUCAGAAUCUCUUGAUUCUGACAGCAAUUAAAGCCGAUAAAAGUCGUGUUAUGGAAUAUAUCAGCCGUUUGGAUAAUUAUGAUGCCCCUGAUGUAGCUAAUAUAGCUAUAAACAAUUCGCUUUUUGAAGAAGCUUUUGCUAUUUUCAAGAAAUUCGAAGUGAAUACAUCAGCUAUACAGGUUCUAAUUGAUCAUGUCAAGAAUCUUGAUAGAGCGUACGAAUUUGCUGAACGCUGUAAUGAAUCAGCUGUCUGGAGUCUUCUAGCUCAUGCACAGUUGGCUCAAGGCUCUAUUAAGGAAGCCAUUGAUUCAUAUGUGAAGGCAUCUGAUCCCAGUCGAUUCCAAGCAGUAUCUGAAGCUGCUUCCAAUUCUGGGAAUUGGGAAGAUUUAGUUCGCUAUCUCCAAAUGGCAAGGAAAAAGACUCGUGAAACAUUCAUUGAAUCAGAACUUGCUUUUGCCUACGCAAGAACAAAUCGUUUGUCAGAUCUUGAAGAGUUCAUUUCAGGUCCAAAUCAUGCUAACAUAACUGCUGUGGCUGAUCGUUGCUUUGAUCAUCAGUUAUAUGAGGCAGCAAAAAUACUCUACUCAAAUGUCAACAACUACUCUCGCUUAGCAAUAACUUUGGUUCACUUAGGUGAAUACCAAGGAUCUGUGGAUGCUGCUCGUAAAGCCAAUUCCACACGCACCUGGAAAGAAGUGUGUUUUGCUUGUGUAAAUCAUAAAGAAUUCCGAUUGGCUCAAAUGUGUGGUCUACAUAUCGUUGUGCAUGCAGAUGAAUUAGGCGAUCUUAUUAAUUACUAUGAACAACGUGGUCAUUUUGAUGAGCUUAUUCAACUUUUGGAAGCUGGUUUAGGUUUAGAACGUGCACAUAUGGGAAUGUUUACUGAAUUGGCAAUAUUGUAUUCCAAAUUCAAGCCUGAAAAAAUGCGCGAGCAUUUAGAGCUUUUCUGGUCUCGAGUUAAUAUUCCAAAGGUCCUUCGUGCUGCUGAACAAGCUCAUCUGUGGUCAGAGUUAGUAUUUCUCUAUGAUAAAUAUGAAGAAUAUGAUAAUGCUAUUCUCACCAUGAUGAGUCAUCCUACUGAAGGAUGGCGAGAAAAUCACUUUAAAGACUUGAUAACACGAGUCGCGAAUUUGGAAUUAUAUUACAAAGCUAUUCAAUUUUAUUUAACAUAUAAACCAUUGCUUCUCAAUGAUUUAUUAAUGGUUUUAUCUCCUCGCCUGGAUCAUACACGUGCAGUGAAUUUCUUUAUUAAAGCUGGGCAUAUUGCACUAGUCAAGCCUUAUUUACGCUUUGUUCAACAAAAUAAUGCAAACAAUAAAUCUGUGAAUGAGGCAUUAAACGAUUUAUUGAUUGAAGAAGAAGACUAUCAGGCUUUAAGACAGUCUAUUGAAACUCAUAGUAACUUUGAUCAUAUUGCUUUGGCACAACAAUUGGAACGUCAUGAACUUAUUGAAUUCCGUCGUCUUGCUGCUCUACUUUUCAAAGGUAGCAAUCGAUGGAUGCAAAGCAUUGAAUUGUGCAAACGUGACCAGCUGUAUGCUGACGCUAUGCAAUAUGCCUGUGAUUCCCGAGAUCCUGAAACAGCUGAGGAAUUACUACGCUGGUUCCUAUCUGAAAACCUUCCCGAUUGUUUUGCCGCUUGUCUUUAUCGUUGUUACGAUCUCCUACGUCCAGAUGUUGUCUUAGAGCUUGCUUGGCGCAAUGGACUUGUCGAUAUGGCAAUGCCUUUCCUGAUUCAAACCCUGAGAGAAUUAACAACUAAGGUGGAUCGUUUAGAACGCUCUGAACAAACUCGUGCUGCUGAAGAAGAAAAAGCAGAACAAGCAGUUAAUCCAUUGGUGAUGCGAAAUGAACCUCAAUUAAUGCUACCUGGACCGGGAGGAGCUAUUCCAACCGCCUUGAUCCCACCAGCUGGUGCACCACCGUUGGGCUUAUUUGGCGUUCCUGGAACACAGAUGUAUUACCAAACUAAUGGACCAUCUUUUUAAGCUAUAAUAUCUAGCUGUUGUGAUAUACAUGUUAUCAGACUCUUGUCUGUAUAUUAUUAUUUAUAUUGUUUUUAUUUUAGCCAAAUUUGUCUUGGUUUCUUGUUUCUGAAUUUAAAUGUGCCGAAAUUCCCCGUAUUUGGCAGUUGGCUGUAGAAGGCGCCUCUUCCUCUUACUCUCGAGUAAAAGAGUUGUGUGUGUUUUAUUUGCAGAGAUCGUAGCCUUCUUCAUCAAUGAUUAAAAUAUAUAUUGUCUUUAACUGUUCCGUUGGUAGUAAAAACUCAUGUAUCUUGAACCCCUAUGUUUUAUUGAUCAACAUUACGCAUAUAUACAUAUAUACAUAUAGUAUGAUUACAAAUGUCUUAUUAUUGUAAUUCAUUUUACGGGUGACAUCCAGUUGUGGAUCUGACUAUUAAACUACUAAUGAUGAUUAUGUUUGCAUAUAUGUCCUAAACGGUCGCUGUUUUUUGUUUUUUUAUUAUUUUGACCUGAAUACUACUAUUCAUUUAUUAUUACUAUUAUUAUUAUUAUUAUGGUUCAUAUAAAAAAACCUUUAUUCAUUCCAUUCAAAAAUUCAGUUGUCUUCUUUCAGCUAAUUCGUCGUCAAAACAAUUAUUUCAAAUGUUUCAUUACUACACUUAUUCAAUUCAUACGCAUAUAAACUGCUCUCCCCCUUUCUCCCUCUUUCCUUCUCUGUCUGUCUCUUUUAUUGUAAUAACUUUUUACUGCAUACAUAGGUCAUUUCCUUCUAUUUCCCCCAUCUCUUCUCAGAGUCAGUCGAUAAUCUUGGGUUUCUACGUUUCUUUUCGUGUAAUAAACUUGAUAGGAGUACUCAUUUUCUGUCACAUUAUAUACUAUCUCAUUUUAUUUGAAAGUGAACAAUAUAUUUCUUGUUUUUAGUAGUUGAAAUAUUGCAUAUAUAGGUGGAGUAAAAUUAAAUCCUUUUAUGUCUUGGUUAGUUAUCCAAUCAUAUUUGUAUUUUAACUAUCCACAGGUAAUCAAUCUUAUACUAAUUGCAAAAUAUUAUUAUUAUUUGCUUAUAAUGAAUGUGGUAAUAUCGUAACGAAUCAGGAAACAAAAUACAUGAUUACUCAGUUGUGGAAUAUCGAUUUUCUCCUUCCUAUAAGUUUGACUGUAACAAUUCUCUCUCUUGCAUGAAAAUCUAAAACGCAACUGAAUGUUUUACAAGAUUUUCUUGCACAGAAUUCUCAUUUUAGCCUUUCUGAUGGUUAAAAGGCUUUAUAU